CCACGGCUUUAGGGCUUGAGGUCUGGGCUUGGAGGGCAGGAGCGCGAGAAUCUCGGCGGAGGUAUGAGAAAGGAAUGCGAGUGUGAGCGUAGAGUGCCCGGGAUUUUGCGAUGACAAGGAGGAAUUCAGUGGCCGGGGCCGUGGCGAGGGGUAUGGAGGAGGAUCCGGGCAAGCUCGUCGCGCAGAUCCUGGGGAAUCAGGUCCGGGUGAGCAAAUCGGUGGCCAAAACCCUACUCUCCAUGAGCUCGGGCGCUGGCCCGAUCGCGUUGGCGGAGGCGCUUCUUAGGGGCAUAGAGCAGGGAUUACGGUGUCUCGAGGCAGGCUUUGAUGCUGGGCCACGAGAGGCCGAUUACUUCAAGACGCCAUCGCCUCCCAGGAGGAAAAGAAAGAGACAGGAAGAAUUGGCUGGGCACAGGGAAGAGGAACGAGGGAUUCCUUCUAGUCGGCAGCGGGUUAUGGCAGGAUUGAGAGGCUGUGUUCUUCUCUUGCAAGCUGGGCUCUCGCAGUGCAAGAAAUUCUUUCAUCCGGCUCGGCUACUUCCAGUGGUUCAAGGCCUUCACGAGAAACUAGUUGUGCUGGAGGAUGACCCCGAGCUCCAGGACGCCAUCUCCGAGCUCUGCGAGCUGUGGUGGCGAGAAGGAUUUGAUGGAAAGGAGUCGCUCAUCGCACAGUCGCUGCCAUUUCUCAUGUCAAGGUCGCUCACUUCCAACCGCAAAGUGGAUGUUCAUCGCGUGUAUGCUGUGAGGGAGGCUUUCUUUCUCUUUGACUUCCUCGACGGCAGUAUAGAGGAUCUGAGGCACUUGCUCAUCCGGUCGGUGGUCACUCCAGCGUUUCUGCGCUCCGCAGAGGGUCGACGUUUCAUCUCUUUCCUGUUUGGACUCAAUCCUCAGCUCGUCAAAGAACUCAACGCGCUCAUGCAUUCGCAGAUCCCGUUUGGGAGGAAGUCGAUACUGGAGGCCUAUGGAGACAUUUUAUAUCGGGCUUGGAAGGGAGCGGCCGGAGAGAUCUUGGUGGAAAUCGAGAACUCGUGCUUACAGGUGCUUGUGGAAGGAGCGAUAUAUGCGGCUAGCAAGACUUUGAGCUCGGCUUGCAGAAAAGUGUUAGAAGGAUUCAUUUCCCAGAGGGCGGAAGCUGGUGUCGAGGGAAUGCUCUUUCGCCUUCAAGAGCCACUGCUUUUCCGUUCUCUACAAGUGGCGAAUUCCAACGUCAGGCGCAAUGCUAUUCUUUUAUUGAUCGACAUGUUCCCUCUUCAACAUCCCGAGGCGUCCAAGGAGGAAAAAGAAGCAUUGAUCGAGAGGCAGUUUGCACUUAUAGAGAAACUUCUGCUAGAUCCUUGCCCUGACGUACGAAGUGUUACUGUCGAAGGUGCGUGCAGAAUUUUACGUUUAUUCUGGGAAAUCAUACCUGCAGCAAAUACCGCCAAGCUCCUCACCAAAAUCGUGAAUGAUAUUCCAAGUGAUCAGAGCAGCAGCAGUGCACGUCUAGCGGUUUUGGAAGGGGUGACUUAUUUAUUGGAGAAUCCUCACAGUCAUGAUAUACUAAAGAUACUGCUGCCGCGACUCUCUCCUAUGCUAAACGAUCCCGCAGUUACAGUAAGAACAGCUGCCGUUGAUCUUCUCUUGGCGGUCAAAGGUAUACGAGGCAUUCCUUUUCACAAGGUGGCGCGUUUGGACUCGCUUCUGUCUAUGCUUGCGGAUGACUGCGAUACCGUUGCACGUCGACUUACGAGGCUGCUGAUACCAUCAUACUUUCCGACCAAAGCUCGUAUAGUUGAGGCAUGCAACCGAUGCUGCACACUCAUAAAGCGUUCUCCAUCGGCCGGUGCAAGAUUUUGCUCUUACGCUUCAGCUGAAGGAGUCCCUGCCGAGUCACUUUUUGAGCUCCUGAAGUUCCUUUGUGGCCUAGCUCUACCGGAUUCGGAGUUGGAUCAAGAACAUCGAGAAGGUGUACUACUUGCAGUAUCAGAGCUGGGAAUGAGCUUAGUCAGUUUGGGACAGUGGAAGAUCGCGGUUGGAUCCCAUCUGACUGGACAGCUACUCAUGUCUCUACUGGGAGUAGCGGCUACAUCCCAAACACGGAGCUCCAUCGUCAGGCUUGCCUCAUCGCUUCCUGCCAAGGACAUCCCAGAGCUUGCAAAGUACUGCGGGGACCUUGUUAUAACUUCGGCAAAGGAUCUCACCGUUUUGGACUCCUCCAACGAGAUCAGGGCUGGCAACUCGUUUGUGCUUUCCUGGGGAGGUUUCGAAGAUCUAGCCGGCUCCCUUGUAGACAAGCUUGCGAGGUUCCGUGAGAACACUUCACUACAAGAAAAGCCUGGCUCUUCCAGGAGAAACGCAAAGGCCAAAGCCAGCAGGGUGAAGACUAGAAGCAGUCCGAGACAGAAAAACUGCGACACACUUUUUACUGCUGCUGUUGGAGCGGCCUGGCACGUACAAAUAUUUCUGGCCGAAAGUGACACGAGGAAAGCGUUGCUAGCAUACCGCGAUCUGCAGGAUCUUAUUUCUCGCCUGAGGCAGCUGGCGGAAUACUGCAUGAAAAAUGUGGAGACGGUCACCAAUCACCGACUGAUAUCGUCAGCGAUUACUGCUUACGCAAAUUUGACGAUUCAUAUUUGCCUCGAGCGGAAGAAAGACGGGAACGUGAGGACCUCAACGGGAAGAAGGAAGAGACACCGGGUGGACGUAUCCACCACAACUCCAGUAUCAAAUCCUUUGGACGGCUUUGAAGACGUUUCGGAAGAUUUGAUUAACUUGGCACUGGAAAUGCUUGACCGGCUGCAGACACUACAAGGAAAUAUUUCUGUCUAUCCGCUUCAUGCAAUGAAAAUGGCAUCGGCAACGUUGCGUUCGGUUUUAGAAGCUUUGAACCUUGGACUUUCAAGUAAUGGAACUCUGCAUUCCAAGACGAUGCGCCUGGCUUGCUCAAUUUUUACGACAAUCCAAGCAGUGGUCAGAGGCGGAGCAGCAGAAGAAUACUUACAGGAAAUACUACCUUGUCUCAAGGCUUCGGCAUCAUAUACAGGAAAGCUUCUUUUCCUGUGUAGAAGGGACAGGGGUCCACACUACGCUGAGGAACCAACGCUUGCUCAUGACGUCCUGGAUACUCUCGCCGUCAUCGAGCAACACAACGUGGGAAGCUGCGUUUCACUUUUACCGGCUCUAAGGAAGUGGAUUCCAGAUAUCGUUGCUGCAGUUUCAGAGAAGGUGGACUCGUCGGAUACGGAAACUGUCCCCGCCUGGGUCAAGCAUGUAGCUGCGGCAUCGAAUGAGGCUCCUGAAGGUUCCGAGGAAAAUAACAGGACAAGAGACGAUGGGAAUCCGGACAACCAGGUUGGGAGUGUCGAUCUGACGCAAUCCAUUCUGAAGGCUCUUCCGAAAGCCAGUAGAGAAGUACAGGAAGCCUUCGUUUGCCUUCUAGCACGACAUACAGUCUCGUGCUUCGAAGGCAGUGAUUACGACGAAGGCGUUGGAUUAGUGCAUCUAAUAUGUCGGAGGAUAUUGCGCUCCAAGGCCAGCUUGAGCGGCUCACUCCAGGACGAUUUCACAAGGGUUUACAACAGGCUCUCGUCUAUGGAUGACGAGAGAUUUCAAGCGACAAUAUUGCUUGUGAAGGAGGUUCUAUUGCCAUGCGAAAAGUAAUGGCAUGUAGCAUACUGUCUUACCAUUUACACUGACCUCGAGAAGGCGAGUCAAUGGUGAAUUGGCUCCAUAUACUCAGAACAAACCAACAGACUUCUUUUAUGUUUAAGCUGUACAUCAACUUCAUUUUUUGCUCUCAGUAAUAGUUGAAUCUCUGCGUUCCACUGUGCA